ACCGGCUACCGCGCGCCACGCACCGACCAGCUCGUGACACCAGAGGCGUCCCUUCCUCGGCAGGAGCAAGUCAUCGACUAUGGCCGCUACGCCCUCGCAUGCUUCUCCCGUCGAAAAAGCCGUUCCUGCACAGAAAAGCGCUGAUGUGGACGUUGAGCGCAAGGCAGAAGAAGCCACCGGUUCUGGGGUGUCACCUCUGCGCCUUGAACUAAAUCCGCAGUUCAUCACCACACCACAGGGGAUAUUGACCGCUCUUGAGACGUUGGGGGCGGCCGCCGUGAUGGUGCUGUACCUGCUGAUGGGGCACAGCGUGACGUACCAGUGGUACGCGCACGCUGCCUUCCUGCUCGCUUUCACCUACUGCCUCAACAACACGCUCAUCAUCAUCUCGGCCGUGGCUUCGCCUGCCACCCAGAACCACCUUCAGCAGACUCUCUACUACUCGCUGUACCACUGCGCGGCCGGGCUGCUCUUCCUGGUUGGAUGCGCCGUGUUUUACGGCGUCGACAAAGGGGACGCCUUGCGGUUCCGGAAUCUCACGGGGACCGCGCUGCUCGGCGUCGCAAUACUCCACGUGUGCCAUGGUCUGAGCACCCUGAUGCCGUGAGCGCUGGCCUGCCUGCACUUCGGUUGGCCCGACCAACCGCCCUACUAAUCGGUCGCUCCACCACGACUCAGGGCCUCAACCCCUAAACACAUUUUUAUCUGUGUUUUCUUAAAUUAU